AUGGAAAUAGUGGGGUGCCGAGCCGAAGGAAACGCGUGUCCCUUCCGUCCCCCAGCCAUGCUUUUCCACGGCAUCUCCGGAGGCCACAUCCAAGGGAUCAUGGAGGAGAUGGAGCGGCGGUCCAAGAGCGAGUCGCGGCUGGCCAAAGCCGGGCAGAUGAACGGCCGCGAAGCGAACAUGCCUCCCUUGAGCCCGGAGAAGCCUGCCUUGUGCGCGGGGUGUGGCGGCAAGAUCUCCGACAGAUAUUACCUGCUGGCGGUGGACAAGCAAUGGCACCUCCGGUGUCUUAAGUGCUGUGAAUGUAAACUGGCUUUGGAGUCAGAACUCACGUGCUUUGCCAAGGACGGCAGCAUUUACUGCAAGGAGGACUAUUACAGAAGGUUCUCCGUGCAGAGAUGUGCCCGCUGCCACCUGGGCAUCUCGGCCUCGGAGAUGGUGAUGCGGGCCCGGGACUCGGUUUACCACCUCAGCUGCUUCACCUGCACCACCUGCAACAAGACGCUGACGACAGGCGACCACUUCGGCAUGAAGGACAACGUGGUCUACUGCCGGGCGCACUUCGAGAGCCUCCUGCAGGGCGCCGAUCCCGCCGCCUACCCGCCUCCGCAGCUGAGCUACACCGAGCUGGCAGCCAAGGGCGGCGGCCUGGCGCUGCCUUACUUCAACGGCACCGGCACCGUCCAGAAAGGCCGGCCCAGGAAGAGGAAGAGCCCCGCCCUAGGCGUCGACCUGGUCAGUUACAACUCAGGUUGUAAUGAAAAUGAGGCAGAUCAUCUGGACAGAGACCAGCAGCCUUACCCUCCAUCUCAGAAGACCAAGCGUAUGCGCACUUCUUUUAAACACCACCAGCUCCGUACCAUGAAGUCCUACUUUGCCAUUAACCACAACCCAGAUGCCAAGGACCUCAAGCAGCUUGCUCAGAAAACAGGCCUAACCAAGAGAGUUCUGCAGGGAGAACAAAUCUUGGGGCAUUACAGCCAAACAUCCCGACGUUUGAAAAUUCCCUAAAGUAUUAAAAGAAGGGGAAAGUUUGAUCGGAAAUCCACUGCAGUGAAGACAAAGACAAUAUUAGGUUAUGAUAAACCAUACAUUUAAAAUUUAUUGAGCCAAAAAUAAUUUUAAAAAAUAGACUCAAUGUCAUUUCCUGAAUGUUAACACAUGUUAUUUGAUGAUGUCUAACUAAAAACAUGAAGGCUGUGUAUGACAUCAGAGCAACCUGGCAG